UUGGAAUUUUUACUUUCGAUUCCUUUCUUUAAAUGGGUACGAUUUGUUAAAUUUGGUAAUGCACCAGCAAGAGAAAUGGCCGAGAAAAAUUUGGAUAAACGAUGGUUAAAGGAUGGUGGAGUGAUCGACGCCAAAAAUCAGAACAAUGACUGGAGUUGCGUAACUAAAUUUCGCAAAAAUGAUCGAACUAUUGAAUUUGUUCUUAUCAUUUCAAUAACGAAAAAGAAAGCCAACUUUUCUGAAACUCAACAAGUUUUAGUUGCAGUUGCUGAAGAUCGUGCAAGAAGUUCAAAAAAGGAUCCACAAGACGAAUUAGAUGGUAUUAUCGAGAAACUAGCAAAAUUAGAAGCUCCUUCAAUAAAAGGCGCUUCAAAAGCCUCAGCUGAUGGCGUAUAUAGUCGGCUAACAGAUCAUACAAAAUACACAGGAGCUCAUAAGGAACGUUUUGAUGCAGAAGGUAAGGGUAAAGGCAAAGCAGGCCGAGAGGAUAUAAAAGACGAUAGUGGCUAUGUGGCUGCCUACAAAAACAAGGAUACCUACCAUAAGACGCAUUCCUGA